AAAAUGAAACCGGAGAUGGGAAUUGUUCACAGUGUAGCAAAAUUCCUAGGAAUCUACACGUUACUAUCCAGCCAUUUCAAUUUCAGUGAAAUUUAUCUUGCUGCUAAUUGAUCCGUGAGCAUAUUGUCUUGGUUUCUGACUAAAUUUGUAUUGUUCCCCCGGUUUUAAUCGAAGGAUUUGUGGGGUUGAACAGAACUACAGAAGAGUGGGGUUUUGAUUUGGCAGUUUCCUAGGUAGAAGUGUUUGUAUUUGAUACAACCCAGCAUUUUUGCAGUAUUUUAGGACACUGCAGUACAAAUUUUUGUAUACUUUUAUACUUCAUUAGCUCAUAGUUGGUGAAAAGAUGAUUGCUUUUGAGUUUAGAGAUGAUUUGGAGAGGUGGGUCUGCUCUUAUAUUGGGCCUAUGAGUAUAAAUAUUGAACUUUUUUGAAAUUCUUGUGUGUUUGGAGAGGAGGGGAAUGAGAGGUGUAUUGAUAGGAUUGAGACAACAACAAUGGCUACAGGGUCAUUGGGUCUUCGUUCUUCUGGAAGUUAUGGAUCUCUGCAGCAACACCAUUUCCUAAGCUCUUCAUUUCCAAUCCCACCAAGAAAACCUCUGAAGACAUUUAAGGAGAAGGAAGGAUGGUUUCAUAGGAUCUUCAAAUUUGCAGCUAGAAAGAAGGUUGGCUUGCUGCUCUUGUGUGCUGUUUCUGCUGCAGUGUUUGUUUGGGUCUUGUAUGUAGGCAAAGGUGAAGAUGCCCGAGGACCUGAAAUUCCUACCAUCAGUAUUAGUGCUACUAUGAAAGAUAGAGAAUAUUCUAUAGAACCCGAAGAAAAAAAUAAUAUUCAUAAAACUUUGUUGGCUAAACCAAAUAAUAACAGAGGAAUUGCAUCAACAGAUCAGCCUCCUCCUCUUCCUCGUGUGUAUUUUACAGGAUACACACUUCCUCCCGGAAAUCCUUGUGAAGGUUUCACAUUACCUCCACCGCCUGCAGAUAAGAAGAGAACUGGACCAAGGCCAUGCCCAGUGUGUUACCUUCCUGUGGAAGAAGCUAUUGCGUUAAUGCCAACUGCACCGUCUUUUUCUCCUGUUUUGUAUCUAAACUAUAUACAUGAAGAAACUUUAAGUGAAAAUGAGUUUGGAGGUUCGGGAUUUGGUGGAUAUCCCUCGUUGAGGCAAAGGGAUGAGUCCUAUGAUAUACGAGAGUCGAUGAGUGUGCAUUGUGGAUUUGUCAAAGGGGUCAAACCGGGACGUGCGACAAGUUUCGACAUUGACGAUAAGGACCUCGGUGAGAUGGAAGCUUGUGAAGGUGUAGUGGUUGCAUCGGCAAUAUUUGGGGCCUUUGAUCUAAUACACCAACCGAAGAACAUAAGUGAGUAUGCUCGGGAAAAUGUGUGCUUCUAUAUGUUUGUGGAUGAGGGAACGGAAGCAUUCCUAAGAAAUUCGGGUGACCUGAAUAGUAGCUCGAGAAUUGGAUUAUGGAGAAUUGUCGUCGUUCACGAUCUACCUUAUACUGAUGCAAGGCGCAAUGGGAAGAUUCCAAAGCUUCUACUUCAUAGGUUAUUCCCAAAUGCCCGCUAUUCUCUGUGGAUUGAUGGAAAACUCGAACUAGUUGUGGAUCCAUAUCAAAUACUUGAAAGGUUCUUGUGGAGAAGAAAUGCCAGUUUUGCAAUAUCAAGGCACUAUAAGCGCUUUGAUGUGUUUGAGGAAGCAGAAGCUAAUAAGGCAGCGGGGAAGUUUGACAAUGCUUCCAUCGAUUUCCAGGUUGAAUUCUACAAAAAGGAGGGCCUAACGCCAUUUUCUGCCGCUAAAUUCCCAAUCACGAGUGAUGUGCCCGAGGGAUGUGUGAUUAUACGCGAGCACAUUCCCAUUUCCAACCUCUUCACUUGCCUCUGGUUCAAUGAAGUAGACCGUUUCACCCCGAGGGACCAGAUUAGCUUCUCCACCGUGAGGGACAAGAUCAGAUCGAGAACAAACUGGAAUGUGGAGAUGUUCCUGGAUUGCGAAAGGCGCAACUUUGUUGUUCAGGGGUACCAUCGAGAUAUUCUCGAACACCGGGCUCCCCCACCUCCACCUCCACCCCGAGCCACCAUUCGUGAUGGAGUUCUUAAGACAUCAAAGUAUAGCGGUGCAACUACAAAGCUUCUGGCAAGGCGGAUUGGAGACCCGAGGUCCAGACAUCGCCAAGAGUAACGAUGCUGGCUUAAUCAAAACUUCAUUUAGGCAUCUUGUUCUUCUUCUUCUUCUUAUUCUUUCAUUCCCAUUCUCCAGAAUAGGAACUGAGACAAGCUUAUUUUUCCUUGAUCCUUAGAGCCUCUUAGAUAGUAUAGUUAAUCCAUACAUUGUUGUAAAUGUGUGUGUAUAUGAUAUAUGGAACCAUAUCAAUGAGGCUGUACUUGAACUUUCACAUGGUCACAAUUGUACAUAAAAAUAUAGCCAUUUAUAAAGGUCCAAAAGAUCUUGAUGGAAA